AAAAGAAUGAAAGUUUCCUAUAUGUUGCUGUUGCAGCAGCAAAAUCAAACCCAUCGAUUCAUCGUUUCCCCAUCGUCACGCUACUCUCUCUCUCAUCACUUUCUCUCUCUAUAAAUCUCUCCUCUUCUUCUUCAUUUCUCUGUCUAUAAGGUUUUAGGGUUAGGGUUGGAGUUUGAGAGAGACAGAGAUGGGGCAACAGUCUUUGAUCUACAGCUUCGUCGCCAGAGGAACGGUGGUUCUUGCUGAAUUCACCGAAUUCACCGGCAAUUUCACGAGCAUCGCUUCUCAGUGCCUCCAGAAACUUCCUGCUACCAACAACAAGUUCACCUACAACUGCGAUGGCCACACCUUCAACUACCUCGUCGAAGACGGCUUCACCUACUGUGUUGUCGCUGUGGAAUCUGCUGGCAGACAGAUUCCAAUGGCAUUUCUUGAUCGAGUUAAGGAGGAUUUUACCAAGAGAUAUGGUGGUGGAAAAGCUGCAACAGCUGUUGCUAAUAGCCUGAACAAGGAGUUUGGACCCAAACUUAAGGAGCAAAUGCAGUACUGUGUGGAUCAUCCAGAGGAAAUCAGCAAGCUUUCCAAAGUAAAGGCUCAGGUUUCAGAAGUCAAAGGAGUGAUGAUGGAAAAUAUUGAGAAGGUUCUGGAUCGUGGAGAGAAGAUUGAGCUUCUAGUGGAUAAAACAGAGAACCUUCGCUCUCAGGCACAAGAUUUCAGGACCCAGGGUACCAAAAUGAGGAGGAGGAUGUGGUUGCAGAAUAUGAAGAUAAAGCUUAUAGUUCUCGGAAUCCUAAUUGCCUUAAUUUUGAUCAUAGUUUUAUCGGUUUGUGGUGGCCACAAAUGUCAUUAGUCAAUGGAGCAAGCUUCACGUGUUUUGGUUAGGAUGAUCGCUAAUCAAUUGCUGGUGCUUUGGUUAGGAUGAUCAUUAAUCAAUUUGCUGGUGGCCUGCCAGUAACAUUCCUUGUGUUUGUUUACCUAUAAUUUUUUUUUUUGUUUACCUAUUUUUUUUUUUUUUUUUUUGGUGAUACAUUACCACCCUUACGUUAUAUUUUGUAUUCUACGACAAUGCCUGUAUAGCUUGUGCUCCUGGAUUCAUUUGAUACUAGUAAAGAGUCUUUUGAUGUGUGAAAGUUGGUCUUGA